ACUCGCGAUACAUUCACUCCCCCACUACCACUUCUCUCUCCUUCUCUCUUUCGUUUUGCUGCUGCUGCGUGAGACUGGAAAGCCGAGGAGAAGCCCGUGAUUUGGGGCAGAAGCGCUCGUGUUGGCUCUGGCUCUCUCGACAGCAAGCCACGUUCGGCGGAGUGCAGCUGUGGAUGGAAAUUUGAGCCACUCGCAUCGGCUUGACAUGGAUCUGUUGGACUUUGGAAGUUUGGAGAGAAUCUACAGCACACAUGGAUAAAACCAAAGCUGCUGGAUUGCUGGAUGUCCGGGAAACCUGCUUCUCCUGAAAACAUCAGGUUUAGUUCGAUCUGCACGUGUUAGACUGAGAUCCCUUUUUUUACGUUCAGAAUCAUUGAAAUGUGAGGUGGUGACACAUGAUUUGUCACAAUCUAAGCCAGCUUGACCACCUCCACACCUGCUACCCCUGAUUCCAUCUGCAGACACGAGGGGAAAUGACCGGCUCCAGGCAUGAGGCGAGUGUGAUGGCAGACUUCACCUGGGGCAGCUGUCUGAGACUCCUCUGAGGUGUUGCGGCGCUGUCAAGACUCAGCUCAUCAUAUUAUCCAGUCACCUCCCCUUCUCAGUCAUCCCUGCCUACAAAAGCACUACCUCCUCUCAAUUUCUUCCCAUGGACAAAAGACAAAAGUGUCUCCCAGCAUCACAAAUCCAAGUCUACCACUUUUAAAACUGAAUCGAGCAACAGUUGUUGAACUUGUGAACAGUCAUUGCUUUGAAAAGAGAAGCGCCAUGUGGAAUCAGAUGGGUUACUGCAAUCACAUUCCUCCAGCCGGAUAUCCCUUCUACCAUGUGCCCUGCAGCCAUAACCAGAGGAGCACAUCAUUUUGCCAUCCGGUUACCGGGCAGAUCUCCCCGGAAAACAUGGACUUCCUCCUCCAUGAACAGGCGCAGGGUGUUCACAUGACGUCCAAACCGGAGCAGCUCUCCAACACUUCUGUAAGCGAUGGCUCCACGGUCAUCACCGGCUCCACUGUGGACAACACUUCAGCCUCCAAGGUUUCCCGUUCCAGUAGCAAGAUCCACAACUUUGGAAAGAGAGAGCAGUCAAUCAAGAGGAAUCUUGAUGUCCCGGUGGUGGUGAGAGGGUGGCUGUACAAACAAGACAGCUCUGGGAUGCGUCUUUGGAAGAGGAAGUGGUUUGUUUUGGCUGACUUCUGUCUGUUCUACUAUAAAGACAGCAGAGAGGAAGCGGUCCUGGGCAGUAUUCCUCUGCCCAGCUAUGUCAUUUCACCCGUGGGUCCCGAGGAUCACAUCAGCCGCAAGUAUGCCUUCAAGGCUACCCACACUGGCAUGCGCUCCUACAUUUACAAGCAAAGCUCUGUGAUUGGCUCACAGGCGGAGCACUCUGGGAUGCGAACAUACUAUUUCAGUGCUGACACUCAAGAGGACAUGAGCACCUGGCUGAGGGCCAUGAACCAGGCUGCGCUGAUGCAGAACCACAUCGAUACAACAGUCAGACCUACUGACGAGUUAGAAAAGGUGCUGCAACAGGCUGUUCCACAGACGAACCAUGUUAACCAUCACAAGACCAAGACUUCCCCAACUGAGACCACCCGACCCAUCAUUCACGAGGUUCUUCUGGAGCCCGUGCACCGUGAUGCAGAGGAGCGCUGCAGUCUCCACAUGAGCUCUCCUGGGACCAAUGUUUUUGAGCAGCCCGUCCCUGGAAACACUCUAGAAAUGGAUACACAAACUUCCCUUGGCUCCACCCCUGCAGUGGCUGCCUCCUCCCAGCAUGAAAACGUGUCGGUCUCAGCCCCCGUGUCAAGGGUGCCGUCACGAGCUCCGUCGCGGGCCACCUCCACCUUACCCUCCAGUGUCUGCACAAGGAAUGGCCUCAUCUCCACCCCCAGCCCCAUCUUGGAGCCCAACGGUAUCGCAGCAGGGACGUACCAAAGGGCCCCGGAUCCCCCGGCAAACAGUUGGCUCAAGCAGGAGCAGAGAAGGAGUACUCUGGAAGAGGUAGAGCAUUGGAUCAAAGUUCAAAAGGCUGCGCACAGGGGGCCCCCAUCCAGAGAGAACACCCUCCCACGUCGCACACCUCCAACCCAGCACAAAUACACAACCACAGACGCUUACCAGACCCUGCCAAAAAACCUUCACCAGAGUCCUCCAGCCGGCAGACAAGGCGAGUACAAAUAUGCCCAGGACCGCCUGAGCCAUUUCCGCAUCCCCCCAGGUGUUGGAGGGCAAGCGUCUAAAACCGUCUGGGAGCUGUACGAAUGGCACCAGCGCCAGCUGUUCCGCCAUGCCAGCCCCACAGCCCCGCUUUACACUCCGGCGCCAGAGUAUCCAUUCGGCCCCGGGUCCCUGUCGGCUGUGCCUCCCUCCUUUCCAGCAUCCAGGUCAGACGGGUCUCCACGGUGUGUGUCUGUACCGCCUUCCUCUGCAGACAUCCCACCUCCAGGACCUCCACCCGGCCUCAGCCACACCCUGUCGCCCAAUCGGAGGCCACACACGCCUGCUGACAGGGUGACCGUCAGGCCCAUGGGUGAUACGUCCCCUGACGUCCCCUUCACUGUUUCGCCUCGGAGGAGCAAGUCUCAGCUGUUCAAGGCUGCAACCAUGGAGAGACGCUCAAUUCCUCCAUCUGGCUACAUGACACACACAGUCAGUGCUCCCAGCCUUCAUGGAAAAACGCCCGAGGAGCUCACUUUGCUCCUCAUUCAGCUGCGGCGCCAUCAGGCAAAGAUGGCUUCUGCACGCCAGCAAGCGUUAGCCCAGCUCCAGCGGCUCAAUGGUCCCGCAGAGUCCCACCUCCAGAACCACCUGUUGGCUGCCUCCACGGCUAGCUCCAGCCCCCUCCUCAGCGCCGGCCCGUCUCCUGUGUCCCAACAGGGACAUGUGAGCCUAUCAGCUCCACUUGGCCCUGGAAACUCCCAGGCAGAUGAUACCUACAUGCAGCUGAAGAAGGACCUGGAGUGUUUGGACCUGAAGGUAGCUGGGAAUCAGACACCAAAGAAGGCGGGGAAACCUGUCAAGGUUGCAGAAAGUGAUGUGGAUGUGAAGUUGAGUCGGUUAUGUGAACAGGACAAGAUCCUCAAGGACCUGGAGGCCACAAUCAGCUCCCUGAAGGAGGACAAGGAUAAGCUAGAGAGAGUGUUGGAUGUGUCCCAUCAGCAGAUGGAGCAGUUCCAGGAACACCCCUCCCAUGCCCAAAAGAUAGCCUACCAGCAGAGGCUGCUGCAGGAAGAUCUGGUGACCAUCAGGGCCCAAAUAUCGCGUCUUUCCACGGAAAUGUCUCUUGCAUGGGAAGAGUACUGCAGGCUUGAAAAAUCAGUGGAGCAAUUAAGAUUGGCGCUGCAGGUGCACAUGAACAACAGCGCCACCCCUCAGCAGGAGAAAACUGAAAUGAAGAGGGAGCUGUGGAGGAUCGAGGACGUCAUGGCUGGACUUAGUUCCAGCAAAACCAACUACAAGAUCACGAUUGACUCGGUUCAGAACCCAGAGAGAAAAAUAGUGCCUUCCAUGUCUGACCCGGCGGUGCCUCCACCCAGCGCUGAGGUCCUGCCUCCUCCUCGGAGCUCCAUUUCCAACCUCUAUUCCCACACUUUGCCUCACAACACCACCCUAAAGUGGGCAGAGGACGAGGCUCCGCCCAGGCCCCCGCUGCCCCGCCUCUACGAUUACGAAGAGACACCCCCCGUGGUGCCGCCCCUUCCUAAGGAGGCUUCAGUCAUCCGCCACACAUCAGUCCGAGGACUGAAGCGCCAGUCAGACGAGAGAAAGAGGGACAGAGAAAGUGGGCAGUGCCUUUCCAAUGGAGAACAUAAGGCGGAUUUACGGUCGUACCUGAGCGAGCCAGAGCUGCCGGGAAUCAGCCACAGCAUGGUGGGCUCCGACGGCGAUCACCAGUAUUACCCGAGCCAAGGCGCAGUGUCCGGUCUGAACCACUCAAGCUCCAUCUCCUCCUACGUCACCCUGAGGAGAGGUCCUGGGAGCUCUGCAGCUAAGGACAGACCAAAGAGUGCCUUUGAACGUCUUUCGUCCCCCACGGAGGCCCAGCAGCUCCCGGGCAGCCAGCCUCGGGGCCGCAUGACUGCGGAGGAGCAGCUGGAGCGAAUGAAGCGCCACCAGAGGGCGCUGGUCCGCGAGCGCAAGAGACACCUCAGCCAAGGCGACCGUUCCUGCACAAGCCCUUCCUCCUCCACCGCCCCAGCCCCUCGCUCCUCUUCCACCACCAGGCUGCCCUCCAGCUCCGCCGAGCCUGCCUCCUCCAUGUUCAGCUGGCAGGAAGAGCGAUCAGGAGCUGAAGGUCAGAGGGGUCAAACUUUGAAUGCAGUGAAAGAAAGAGGAAGAGCCCAGUCGGACGAGUGGCUGACAGUAACAGCCACACACAUCCAAGAGGUGGACGUGGAGCCUCUGGACUAUGACCUGGACAUCAGCAGGGAGCUCUCCAUGCCAGACAAAGUUUUCAUCCCGGAGCGGUAUGUCGAGUCCGACCCAGAGGAGCCUCCCAGUCCGGAGGAGUUGCAGGAACGCUCUCGCCGGGCCGAGCGCAUCAAGAGCCUUCUGACAAAGUCCAGCUAUCAGAACAUGCAGCCGUCUGCGCCUCUGGACCUCCGUGAGAUGGAUUCAGCCCUGCAGCAGCAGGAGAGGAUCAUGAGUGUUUCCCACAUGCUGGCCUCAGAGGCCUCCCGCAAGAGCAAGCUGGUGGCAGCCAAAGCUGCAGCAGAACACUGAUCAUCACAGAGGAAGGAAACUGCAGCUGGAUGGAUCGCCGGAGUCCCACACUGACUCACAAACCAAAACCCCUAUUUUCUAUCUGAGUGACAACAGUUCAAUCCAGUCUCACCAUGUAUGUUGCUCUGCACACGCAUAGCUCAACAAAGCAAUAAUGAAUGAUGAUGAUUAGAUCCAUUUAUAAAGGACGUGCCUGCACAUGAAUGCCUAUUUAUUACACAUGAAAUGUUUUUACUGUAUAUUUUUUCACAGCACUGUUUACUUAUUAUUAAAACUCUAACAAUGAAGUGCCUCAAAACACAAUGAAAGGAAUGUUAAAACCCUAAAGUGGUGUGAUUACAAAGAUAUUCUCAUAAAGGUAUUUUCGUGAUUCUGCUUCACUGAAAUCUUUGGUUUUACUUUUUGCUUCAGAAACUUUUUUACAGAUUGUCUGUUUACAUAACGAUUAAGAUUGGAGAGUAAUCUGAUUACUGUAUUAAUAAGACCAAUGAGGAAGAAAAGGAGCUUCCAAAACCUUGUUUACAUGUUUCAGGCCAUUAUUAGAUCCAUUUGGAGGACUUGUAAGUUUCCCUCUGUGGAGCAUGGCCACGCCUGCAUACAUGUCUAACCCUUGUGCUUUCUUAGAUGACCCCACCCUUGCAUUGAUGUGUUAUUCCUACCAUGACAAAGGUGGAAAAAUUUCAUGUAAUCCAUGGACACCAGUGAAGAUCACAAAUCAUUGAAGAAAAAAGGUUCAGAGCACUGUCUAGUGGGUCUAGAUGACCCAACUCCCAAUGUUAAAGUGCCUAGGAUAGCACAAGGGCUAAAGUAAGGAACCAGCUGCUGUCAUUUCUGCUCCUUCACCUUCACAGUUUUCAUACCGGGAUUGUCUUCAAUCUGUCAUGUUUUCACUGUCACUUAUCGUUUUUUUAAAUAAACACCUGCUCACAUGUUCCAA